AUGUUCAAAACCUCGCGGUUUUGCCAGGAGAUUCACCUUCCUGCAUCGCAUUCGCUAACACCAAUAAGAGAUUACGAGAAUGAUUAUUUCCAUAAGGAUGAUAAUAAAAUGCCUAUAAUUGAGCGAUUUCCAUAUGGGAAGCCUAAAAACUACCGAGAUAGUGUGGAAACAUCCGCAAAGCUGCACAAGAGACCUGCAAGUUUAGUGCUAGAUGAAAAGGCGGAUCCGCCAACUAAGAAGCAAUUCUCCCCAUUGAACUUGAGAAAAUUCACGGAUGUGGUCGCGUUGGAUACCGAUGUGGAAAGCUCAAACCAGGCGAGUUUGACAGAAUUCCUACAGGUGGUUCGGGCCCUUUUUGAAUCAGAAGUGAGAUAUGCUAACCUGAUGGAACUAUCCAAUCUUGUGUAUCGAAGGGCAUUGCACGACAAUAGGGCUUUCAGAAACAAACUUAUACGGAACGACUCCAAUGAAGAGCUGCUUUUAUUUGGGAACAUUGCAACAAUCUCUUCUAUAAGUAGACUAUUCAUCUCCGGUCUGGAGACAAUUCUGGCGUGUGAUCAGGCGCCUGCAGUAGUUGGCGAUGAAUACUGGGAUGAGCUGCUGGGGAAUGAAGCGAUACAAGACAGGUUGAUGAAGAAGCUCGACAUUGGUAGGGUCUUUAAUCUGCAUUUUUUGCGAAUUAAGACUACAUAUUUGACCUAUUCAGUAACGCACAGAAAGCAGAAAGAGCUCCUUGGGCUCUUGCGAGAAGGAAAUCCUCAGCUUUUCAAAAAAUGGCAUGAUGGGUGCUUGAAAGCGGCUCAGAUGAACAAACUGGAGCUCAUUUUCGAAAGUCCAAUCAUAAGGCUCAAAGAAUGGGUUAAUGUGCUGAGCCGCAUGUAUCCGUUAUCACUUAGGAUCUUGAGGGAGGAAUUCAGUGGCAACAUCUUAAAGGCAUUGGAACAGUUUCAGUCCUUUGAGAAAGAUGUUGCCGCCGAGACGAAGGAAUUCAAUAACAAUGCCAUGUAUGACUUCAGUUUAACGCCCGUUGAAAUAAUUCAGAGUUAUGGAUCCGAACAAGAGACCGUGAAGGCGCCCACUGCGAUCCAACCGACCCAGCGUGCAUCUCAGCGCAGUCCAGAUAAGGAUCUCCUGCAUCUCGUGAGCACAAAGAGGGACAGUAAGGGUACAAACGGGAGGGCCUCGUCCAUCUUUUCAAGGUCUUCCAGCCGCUAUUCCAGCGACUCAACAAGUCUAACCGCCGCAGAAGUUAACACUUUUCAAGAAAGCCAGGAGACCGAAUGGCAUCCCGAUGACAAGGAUUCUCUCACCUUGAUGGACCACAUAACAAAAUUAAAGAAGAUUCAUCGGGGCUUGAUAGCACUAAAAAGCGUUAUAGCCAAGGAAGAUAUGCUUUCGCUUCUAGACAUCAACCUGAAACAUGCCAAAGCGUGGGAAGCAGUAAUUCAGUGUGAUCCCGAUGUCGCCAUCUAUGAUGGCCUCCAUGAUGGUUAUGAGAGUUCAAUGUAUAGCGCCUACGUCGAGAAACUGCAAAGACAGAGAGAAGAAGCUACCUUGAUGAAAGUUGAGGAGAUGGAAGUCUCAGUUAGGGCACCACUUUCGAUGUUGAUCCAGCUUUGCGAGCGCGUACGGUCUCGCCUAAGAGACCUCAAUGCAUUGAAGAAGGACUACAUCGCAUACCUCCGGGAAAGAGGCUCUUCUACUCAUGACAUCAAAAAGGAUAUCUUGGGUAAGCACUUCCAAAGUAUGCAACAGGAAAUGCUUCGUGAGCUUCCGGAGUUUAUCAAGCUAGUCCACAAGGUCUUUGAGAUGAUAGUCUUGAGCUAUCACAGGAAAAUGCUGCGAUACCUGGAGAUUGCCGCAGGCGGAGAUACAUCCCUAAUACAAGACCUGGAGAGUCUUGGAAAGCUGAAGAAGGAUGUCGGGAAGCACUUCGACAUACUCGAGACUUUUUCUGCUUCCCGAUAUUACAGUAAGAGAAUGGUCAGAGAUGAAUGGAAAUUUCGACAAGAACCCACCGCCAGUAGAGUUCUUCGCAGAUUAUUUGAGCUUUGA